AAGGAAUUGAAUGAGAAUGACAGGCUGACGAUGAAUAGAAUGGAGGUUUACAGGCGUGGUUGCAGGUGUUGGGCAGCUUUAUGCUGUUCUUCAAUACAUGGGGCGUGCUCAACACAUUCGGCGUCUAUCAAACCUACUACGAGUCCGGCGAGCUCUACACCGAAGUUUCCUCCAACAUCUCCUGGAUUGGCUCCAUUCAAUCCUUCAUGGUCCUCCUCGUCGGCGCCUUCAUCGGGCCCAUCUACGACAGAGGUUACCUCCGCACGCUCCUCGUCACAGGCACGUUCCUGAUCGUGUUCGGCCACAUGAUGCUCUCCCUCUGCACGACGUACUGGCAAUGUCUGCUUGCGCAGGGAUUCACCGUUGGCAUCGGAGGCGGGUUUCUGUACAUUCCUUCGCUUGCCAUUCUGCCGGGGUACUUCUCGACGAGGAUCGGUUUGGCGAUUGGAGUCGCUGCGUCGGGGAGCUCGUUGGGAGGAAUCAUCUAUCCGAUCAUGUUCUAUAAGUUGAUUGGACAGGUCGGAUUCCCGUGGACUGUUCGAAUUUUGGGCUUUACCGCGUUGGCAACACUGCUCAUACCCAUUCUGAUCAUGAAGAUGCGUUGCAAGCCGGCUCAGAUCCGCUCACUCAUCGACAAGACCGCUUUCACAGACGGUCCAUACCUCUUGUUCAUCUCGGGAUGCUUAGUCGGCUUCAUCGGCAUGUACACCGGAUUCUUCUACCUCUCGUACUACGGCAAAGCGACCGGGUACACCAGCGCCAGCCUGUCCUUCUACCUCGUGGCCAUACAGAACUCUGGCUCCGUGCUGGGCCGUACGCUCCCCAACAUCCUUUCCGACCGCAUCGGUCCUCAAAACGUCAUCAUUCCCGGCGCAUUCGGCGUGUCAAUCGCCCUCUUCUGCGUCCUGGCCGUCUCCAACGCCGGCGGGCUCAUCGCCAUCGCCGUCUUCUUCGGCUUCUUCUCCGGGGUGUUCAUCGCACUACCGCCCGUGAUCUUCGUCGCUUUGACUCAAGACAAGAGAAAGAUCGGAACGAGGAUCGGCAUGGCAUACUCGAUUAUCGGACUGGGAGUCUUGGCGGGAGGACCAGGUGCGGGUGCCAUUCUGGGGAACAACGAGGCGGACUUGGAAUGGACGGGAACUUGGCUCUAUGCGGGCUUGACGCCUCUGGUUGGAGCGUGCAUUUUUCUCGCCGUCAGGUUCUGGACUGGAGGGUCGAAAUUGAUGGUGAAGAUUUGA